CUAACGCCAGAGUACGUGUUUUGUACGCGUCACUUGUCUCCUCAGCUCGUUCAUUCAGGGAGAUUGGCGUGUGUUUUAUUCGUCUCAAGCACUUUUACUGUCGGACAACACAAACUAAACAAGCCCUUAGGAUGUCUGCUGGAAACGCCAAGAUCGGUCAUCCUGCUCCUCAGUUCAAGGUCACAGCAGUGGUGGAUGGCCAGUUUAAAGAUGUCCAGCUCUCUGACUACAAAGGAAAGUAUGUGAUUUUGUUCUUUUAUCCUCUGGACUUCACCUUCGUGUGCCCCACUGAGAUCAUCGCCUUCAGCGAUCGCGUGGAAGAGUUCCGUAAGAUCGGCUGUGAAGUCCUCGCCGCCUCCACCGACUCCCAAUUCAGUCACCUGGCCUGGAUCAACACCCCGAGGAAGCAGGGAGGCCUGGGCUCCAUGAACAUCCCCCUGCUGGCCGACCUGACCCAGUCCGUCUCCCGCGAUUACGGAGUGCUGAAGGAGGACGAGGGCAUCGCCUACAGAGGGCUGUUUGUGAUCGACGAUAAGGGCAUCCUGAGGCAGAUCACCAUCAAUGACCUGCCGGUGGGCCGUUCGGUGGACGAGACACUCCGUCUGGUUCAGGCUUUCCAACACACCGACAAGUUCGGAGAAGUCUGCCCUGCUGGCUGGAAACCCGGUAGUGACACCAUCGUCCCUGAUGUUCAGAAGAGUAAGGAGUUCUUCUCCAAGCAGUAACACUCCUCACGUCUAACCCCGGAGACUCGGAUCCAGCCGGGUUACUGAAGCACUUAAUGCUGAGCUCUGAUUAAAACAGUCCUGUUUGGUUUGUUUUUGUUUUGUUUUUUUCUGCUGUUUGAGCCUUAGAGAACGAAUCCUGACAUUAACAUGACUUCUGUUUCGUCUGCUGUUACCUCACCUGAGUUUAAGUCUGUUUUUUCCUGUUCUGAAUAAAACGGCAUGAAGUAUUUUGUACUGUUUAACCAUCUAGGCCUGCUGUGUGAAACUUCCUGGAAGUGUCCAAUAAAGAUGGUGGUUUAAAAAACCCCAAAAAACCC